AUGUCCAACAUCAAACCUCCUAAAAUAAAAACGAAAACUAAAAAAAAUUGUACUAUAUAUACCUAUGCUUCUUACAAAUCACUCCAUUAUCACUUAUCACUUACAGGAAUUCCUGGUUUGGAUAGCAUCAAAAGUUUCGAUCCAUUCUAUUUGAAUCGCAUUAAAAUCACUCAAGGCAAUAGUCAAGCGAUCAACCUAAAAGUCGAAUUAUCAAAUGUAAAAAUUAUAGGUUUUGGUCAUACCAAUGUAUUGGAGAGUGCAGUUUCAUCCAAAGAUUUUAGUUGGAAAACUACUUUCGUUUUACCCGUAAUGAAAUUACAGGGUGAUUAUAGUCUGUUUGGCAGAAUAUUGUUGAUACCUUUGAAUGGUAGAGGGGAAGUUUUCUUAGAUGCGGAAAACAUGACUGUGGUCAUGCACACCAAGACGAGAUUGUACGAAAAGGGAGGCUUUACUUUUUACAAUGUUACCAGCACCCAUGUUGACUUUAAAUUGGAGGGUUUGAAAUCGUAUUUCUCUAAUCUUUUCAAUGGGCAGAAACAAUUGGAGGACAGCACUAAUAAAUUCUUCAAUGACAACUGGCGCAUGUUAACCGAUGCCUUAUACACUGUCAUCACUCAAACUAUACAGGAUAUUUUAUUAGAUGUUUUGAGAAAAAUUUUCCAUUUCAUACCGGCCAAUUUCUUUGUCACCGAUAUACCCACCUCUGAGCAGUUGUAUGGCAAAGCAAAACCUAAAAAAUCUUAAUUUAAUAAAAAUUUGUUAAAUAAAUGUAAAUAUUUAAGCAUUUUAUGCAAUAAAGUGUUAAAGUAAUAUUAAGUUAUCUUUAGAUUGUUGGCAGAUUGUGUAAUGUAUAAUGUAAAUAUUUUGUUAAAUAAAAUUCGUAAAAUUA